AUGUCAAUGGACGGUGACCUCAUCGCUCUCGUCAACAAGCUUCAAGACACCUUCAACGCCAUCGGAGGAGAAACAGUCGAUCUUCCUCAAAUAGUAGUAGUAGGUUCACAAUCAUCAGGUAAAUCUUCAGUUUUAGAAACUAUAGUCGGUAGGGAUUUCCUUCCUCGAGGACAAGGUAUAGUCACACGUCGACCAUUGAUAUUACAACUCAUACAUACUCCUGGAACUUCAUUCAAACGUUCACCGAGGGUGGGAGUAAACCUUGCUCCUGGUGAGGAUGGCAAUUUACCUCAAUUAGACCAGAAUCAAUCUUUCAGUUCUAGAUCUGAAGUGGGGGUAGGAUCAGGAGCAGGGGUGAUAAGACCAGGUGGAUCAAAAAUGGGGAAUGGGGAAGGAGCGGAAUAUGCAGAAUUCUUACAUAUGAAUAGGAGAUUUACGGAUUUUGAUGAGAUUAGAAAAGAGAUUGAAGCUGAAACUUUUCGUGUAGCUGGACAAAAUAAAGGAGUUUCUAGAUUACCUAUCAACCUUAAGAUUUACGGUCCGGGUGUUUUGAACCUCACUUUGGUUGAUCUUCCCGGUCUGACAAAAGUUCCGGUUGGUGAUCAACCGACGGAUAUAGAAAGACAGAUAAAGAGUCUCGUCUUGGAUUAUAUCUCGAAACCUAAUGCCGUCAUCCUCGCCGUAUCCCCAGCCAACGUCGAUCUCGCAAAUUCAGAUGCCCUCAAGCUGGCUCGAUCUGUCGAUCCACGCGGUUUACGUACAUUGGGAGUAUUGACCAAACUCGAUCUCAUGGACGCUGGAACCAACGCACUCGACGUCUUGACGGGUCGAACUUACCCACUGAAGUUGGGAUUCGUCGGGGUGGUCAACCGUAGUCAACAGGAUAUCAUGAGUGAUGUACCGUUGGAAGAGGCUAAGAAGAAGGAAGAGGAGUUUUUCAGAUCACAUGCUGUUUACAGGAAUAUCGCACAUCGAUGCGGGACGAGGUAUUUGGCCAAGACACUGAACUCCGUACUCAUGUCCCACAUUCGAGAAAAACUCCCCGAUAUGAAAGCCCGACUCAAUACUCUCAUGGGGCAGACUCAACAGGAAUUGAAUGCCUUUGGCGACGCGACAUUCCUCGGUGAACAACACCGUGGUUCUCUCAUCCUCAAACUCAUGACCGAGUUCUCCAAAGACUUUGUCUCGUCCAUCGACGGCACGUCACUCGAAAUCUCUACCAAAGAAUUGUGUGGUGGUGCUCGAGUUUACUUUAUCUUCAACGAAGUCUUCGGUCAUGCUUUACAAAACAUUGAUCCCACCUUGAACCUUUCACUCACCGACAUCCGUACUGCCAUUCGUAAUUCCACUGGACCUAGACCUAGCUUGUUCGUACCUGAAGUGGCGUUUGACUUAUUGGUGAAACCUCAAAUCAAAUUACUCGAGCCGCCAAGUUUACGAUGUGUUGAAUUGGUGUAUGAGGAAUUGAUGAAAAUUUGUCAUAAUUGUACUUCUCCCGAGCUACAACGAUUCCCCAGACUAUUGACUCAAUUGGUCGAGGUCGUCUCAGAACUUUUACGAGAAAGACUAGGACCUACUUCGGAAUACGUCUCUAGUCUCAUCGCCAUUCAGGCAGCUUAUAUCAACACCAAUCAUCCUGAUUUCGUGGCCGGAUCCGCCGCUAUCGCUCGGGCAGGUGCACCUAAACCUCAACCGAUGCAGAAAGAACCCUCUCAUCAUUCCUCUGGUGAAGAAGAAGAAGUAGCUUCUUCAGGAUCUGGUUCAACAGCACCGAACGGAGCACCAAUACCUAACAUCCAUCAUCCUCGAUCAGCUUCAACCUCAGUCCCGGACAAUCGUAGACCUUCCAAUACCAAAGGACCAGAAGGGAAAACGAGGAAUCAUCAUCGAGCAGCAAGUGGUAGUGUCGCAAACCUGAACCCAAACACAAACCAAACUAAUCCGUCAUUAUUAGCAAUGAACUCAUCGCCACAUGGUGCCAAAGAAUCGUUUUUGAAUUAUUUCUUUGGUGGACCAAAUGGCUCCACACCUUCGUUAGUCCCUGGAUCGACGAAUUCAUCAAUGAGCACAGAUGCGAGAUUUGAGAGAGUUGGAGAGAGUAGAAGACAGAUGGGAAGCGGGUUUAAUGGGAGAGAGUUGUUACCGGAUCUCAAUAAGAGACAAGUGAGUAGAAGUGGGUUGGACGGUAGUACUGCUUUUGACAUGAAAAGUCUUGGGAAACAUUUGGAGGCUGUGAUAGACCAUCCUCUACAUCUGACACCACGGGAAGAAAUGGAGACGACACUUAUUCGAUCACUCAUCGCUAGUUAUUUCGGUAUAGUUCGUCAGACUAUACAGGAUUUGGUACCUAAAGCGGUGAUGCAUUUGUUGGUCAACUUCUCCCGCGACGCGGUACAACAACGUCUCGUCACUUCACUCUACAAACCUGAACUUUUCGCAGAGUUGUUAUACGAAGACGACGCUCUUGUGGCAGAACGAACUCGGGUCAAAGCUCUGUUGGACGCUUAUAAGGAGGCUUUCAGGGUGUUGAGCGAGGUGUCGUUGAAGAGUGGUUAG